CAGCCAGCUGGAAGUUUGAUCUCAGAGAGAAACAUCAGAAAGCAGCGUGUUGUUGUGUUCAGACCUGCUGCUGCUGCACAGGUCUGUGAUGAAGAGCAGGACACUCUGAAAACUACACGAAGAAGAAGAAGAAGUGAUGGAUACAGAGAGCGGGGAGCUGUUCCUCGGUGGCGACGGCAGCGUAGCGGCAGACAGCUGGCAGCUCGACGCUCCGUUCUCCUGCUCCGAACUCGUCUACAGCGGCGGAGAGAAACCCCUGCAGGACUGGGCGGUAGACCCCGACUGUACGCUCAGCGACAGCGAAUCAGAGGACGUCCUCCACGGCGUCGACCCAAACGAGGUGUUUCCCAGCGGCCCGCCUGCCACCAACCUUUCAUCGGAGAGCGACAGCGGCAUCUCCGAGGAUCCCGCCGUCGAGAGUCCCGUCACCGCGGCGACCGCCCAGCUGGGCCCGGCCACCGUCUACCAGGUGGUGUAUGACAUCAGCGGUCUGGGCGGAGUGAAGACUGAACCGGGCCAGCAGAACGUGGACGUCAUCUCCAUCGAGCUCGAUGAGUGGAGCUCUCAGCUGCUGCUGUCGGACUCGUGCGUCGUCAACGAGCUGCCGGGCGUUUCAGCCGCUCGCCUCGACGCCAGCCUGACUUCCAUCGACCCCCCCAGCCCCGACGGAGACCUGCUGUUCACGGAUCUUCAGCUGACGGAGGAGGAACAGAAGCUGCUGACCCAAGAAGGCAUCGCUCUGCCCGGCAACCUUCCUCUCACAAAGGCCGAGGAACGAAUCCUGAAAAAAGUUCGGAGGAAAAUCCGCAAUAAGCAGUCGGCUCAGGACAGCCGGCGGAGGAGGAAGGAGUACAUAGACGGGCUGGAGAACAGGGCUGCAGCCUGCUCAGCACAGAACAAGGAGCUGCAGAGGACGGUGGAACAGCUGGAGAAACACAACAUGUCUCUGCUCGCUCAGCUGCAGCAGCUUCAGUCUCUCAUCAAACGGACCGUCAGCAAAGGAGCUCAGACCAGCACCUGCUUACUGAUCAUCCUCGUCUCUCUGGGUUUGAUCAUCAUGCCGAGUUUCAGUCCGUUCAGCCGCAGCACGUCAGCAGACGACGACGACUACAGACCAACAGGAGUUAUUUCCAGAAACAUCCUGACAGACCCCGCCUCCUCCCAGCCGACAGCAGAAGAGGCCGACAGUCCAACGGUCCAGUCCGACUCCUCGUCGCAGCCCGUGGACCUUAACCAAUCGGGACCUCCAGAUGGCGCCACUGUGCCGCAAGAAUCGGCAGAAAACCCUGAAAACGCCGGCUCUGACGGCACAGCACAAGAGGGGAGCCAAUCAGGGAACAGCUCUACUCUUGUUGCCGGGCAGACUGAACCGCUGGGCCUCGGGUUGAGGUCGACGGCUGGGAAACAAAGCCACGAUCCCGCUAAACCGGGGCACGCCGACGAAAUGUAGAGGAACUGUUUCACCGACGCUCUCGUCCACAAUGACCGCAGCGCUCAGUGAGUCGGGAUCAGCUGAGGUCGACCGUGUGGCCAGCCGGGGACGCUGAUCAGUGUCAGAUGUUAUUAGAUAGAAAUGAGUCGAUAAGUUGUGGUCUUAAAUUUAGCCGAUAAGAAAACUGAUCAUAAAACAUUAGAGACAAACAUGUUUUUAAUGUUCGAACUAGGGCUGUGCGAUAUGGGCAGAAUCAAACAUCACAAUGUUUUUGACCAAAUACCCCGAUAUCGAUAUUUUGACGACAUUGUAGAGACGACUAUCGGUGCUUUCACUAAAUAUUUACGCAAUGAGAUUUCUGAUAAAUAAUCAUCAGUAAUGUGGAUAUAAUGACUAAGUGUUAAGCUCAGAACAUUUCAUUUUUACUGUA